UGGCGACUACGUAGCGGGAAGCGAAGUUGUCCCGGCGGCGGCUGGGCUCAGCUGGUGGGCGGAGGUGGCGGGGUACCCGGGACCCAGGUGGAGGCCGCCGCGGGGUUCAGGAAGAUGUUACCAAGUACUUCAGUGAAUUCCUCCAUGCAUGGGAAUGGAGUCUUGAAUUCCAGGGAUGCAGCAAGACACACUGCUGGAGCAAAACGCUACAAGUACCUCAGAAGGCUUUUUCGUUUUCGGCAGAUGGACUUUGAGUUUGCUGCGUGGCAGAUGCUCUACCUGUUCACUUCCCCACAGAGGGUUUAUAGGAACUUUCAUUAUCGGAAGCAGACAAAGGACCAGUGGGCCAGGGAUGACCCUGCAUUUUUGGUCCUAUUAAGUAUCUGGCUCUGUGUGUCCACCGUAGGAUUUGGCUUUGUGUUGGACAUGGGAUUUUUUGAGACAAUAAAGCUUCUCCUGUGGGUCGUAUUCAUAGAUUGUGUAGGUGUUGGCCUUCUGAUAUCAACUUUAAUGUGGUUCAUCUCUAACAAGUACUUAGUGAAACGCCAAAGCAGAGACUCUGAUGUGGAAUGGGGCUAUGCCUUCGAUGUGCAUCUCAAUGCAUUUUACCCACUGCUGGUCAUUUUGCAUUUUAUCCAGCUUUUUUUCAUCAACCAUGUUAUCCUAACAGACACAUUUAUUGGAUAUUUAGUUGGAAACACUUUGUGGUUGAUUGCAGUUGGCUAUUAUAUCUACGUAACCUUCUUAGGAUACAGUGCAUUGCCAUUUUUGAAAAAUACAGUAAUUCUCCUCUACCCAUUUGCACCUCUAAUUCUGCUGUAUGGGCUAUCGCUGGCACUGGGCUGGAACUUCACCCACACUCUGUGUUCCUUCUACAAGUACAGAGUGAAAUGAAAACUCACAAUAGUCUGUCCACAGUGUUACUGAUUUCAUGUAAAGAUUGUAAAUAAACUUAUCUUUGUAGAUAUCUUAAAGAUGUAAAGUUUAUAAACUUGAGGUGAUAGCACUAUAGUUCAUUCCUUAAGACUAAUUAAAUGUACAUUUCUAUAAUAAAUAUUUUUAAGCUAAAAAUUUUAUUGUAAUAUUUGUACACAAGCUCUGUAUAAUAGCACACACUUCUGUUGUUGGCAAGGUGCUUCAUUUAUAAUGAGCUCUUCUUUAAACAUUUACACAGACCACAUAAUCUGCUCUCACCUUCAGAGGCCUUUUUAGCUUGCAGUGUGACUCUCAUAGAACUACUGUACAAGAGUCCCUGACACCAUUAACACACAAAACACAAAUGCCAGAAUACCAGGGCAGUUAAAGGUACCUACUUAUGUAAAAUCCCAGUAUACUUACCAGACCCACAAGGCCCAUGGGGACUACUCUUGAGAGUUGGAGUGUGUAAAAUAAAGUGAAAUAUAAAUUCUGAUAACUGCUGUCUUGAUAGCAGAAUUUUCUUUUCCUUUGAAGGCUAUAAGACCCAAAUAAGGGGUAUACUAUUUCUAACUGAAAAUAGGUCAAAUAAGCUAUUUGACUGUACUAGUGCUACACAAACCUUCUACUCACUCAAUUUCCCCUAUUUUGGUUUUUAUUAGAAGGAAUCUUGAAGUCAACAUGGCAUUUCAAACUUCUUUAUUUCAAAUAGACAUGAAUGCUUGUGGCACAGAGAAACAGUGAUGAAAGGCACAAUCAACAAGACCAGUUACUGGUUUUCAAUUAUAGCAGCAAACUCAAAAAUAAAUAAUCUUCCUUUAAGAAUCCAACAGGUACCUAAAAUAUUACUGGAGAUAUUAAUUAUUCAACCCAUCAAGACAUUUUAAGGAAAAUAUGUACAAAACAUUUAAGAAGGAAAACAAUCUUAUACAACCUAGCAGAGAGAUUCCUCACAUAGCUUCCCCAAGAGAUGCUCCAGAAACAUUCCCAAAUGAAAGGUCACCUUCUGAGGAAGUGUUCUGAAUGGGGUGCACUUCAGUUGUUCAUAAUUGUGUGGCUGGGCAGACUGCUGAUCGCUUAGAAAACAUUACUGUCUGUGCUGAAAGUAAAGGGUCUCGUCUGCUGUCACAGCAUCAGACUGGACUGUCCGUGUCAGCCAUGUUUAAGGCUCAGAGAAUAUGUCUUCAAAAAAGAUUUUCGUCAAUUUAAACAAACAUUGAGCAUUUCAAACCAAUAAUGGAAUGCUAAUCAAACUAAAGUACCAAACUUUUGAUUCCAUGACAGUUUGCUAGUUACUAAUACAAUGAAACAACUAGGAGCAAAUGACAAUGAAAUAUCCUCCUUAAUGUCCCAAGAGUAUUCAAAAUGUUCACUACAAUGUGCAAUCCUUACUUUUAGAACAAUGUCAGUACCGCUAUCCCCUUACUUUUCCGGCAGUGUUAACAGUGGGAAUGAUGCUCUGUACAAACAUGCCUUUCCACACUGAGGUUACUGUCUGGGACACUGUCUUAAUUUAAACAGAAUCUGGAGUGCCCACUCCUGCUUGUCUACUAAGAGUGAUAUAAUGCACAAUGUGGAAAAGGGAAUGUUCAUUUUAUAAGGAAGAGUUCAUUUUAGCAAGCUAGAGUUGGUAUGAGGGUACUGGUAACAAAAUACUUGGUUUGGUUGCGUUUUUUUCUUUUUAUAAUACUAUUCCAGUCUUUUAAGCAUUGUAUGUUCACAUGCAUUAAAGAAAUAAAGCAUACUAGUUACAGCA